UUACAACAGAAAAUGGUAGAAUUUUAGUAGGGUUGCUAGUACCAUAAUUUCGUAGGUCUAUCCUUAUAAAUUUAACCCCGUAUUCUGUUGAAACUUGUAAGUCACACCCGGAUUGCUUUCGCACAUGCGCAGUCAGUUUACUGGUACUGAAUUUGGUGAUACUAAAAUGUCAGGAAAGGAGAGAAUUAAACUCGAAACGCCAGGAUUUGACGCUCGCUUUCCGAAUACAAACCAAACGAAGAAUUGCUGGCAGAACUACGUAGAUUUCCACAGGUGUACAAAGGCUAAAGGGAAAACCGGAGAAGAUGCAACACCAUGCCAAUGGUUUGAAAAGAGGUACAAGGCGUUCUGUCCUAAUGGCUGGAUCGAAGCCUGGGAUGACCAAAGAGAACAAGGAAUAUUCCCUGGAUUGAAGAGCGAUGAACAGGGUGACAACUGAUGUGUCUUGUCGCGACAGUUGAACGUACAGUGCAGUUCAGAGAUUACGAUGGUAGUGUGGAGAUCACGUGUUCACUGUGGUGUGUAUAUGAUAGCUAAAAUAGUAUGUCUUCCUAAUAGAUCAUCUGAGUUGGCACUUUA